AUGCCUCCUUUACUAUCUGCACAUAACUUUUAUGUAUCUCCUUCAGAAAUAGUGUACGCACUAGAGAAGCUCGGCAACAAAGUACAAUGGCCAACGAAGAUGAAGUCUGACCCCGCCACCAGAAAGUCGAACGUCCUGUGCGAAUUCCACCAGGAACGCAAGCACAGAACCGAGGACUGCAUAGGCCUUCAUCAAGAAGUGGUCCGGAUGCUGAACCAGGGAUUCUUGAAAGAACUACUAAGUGACAAAGGGAAACUCAAUUUUGCACGAGGACGGGAACAGCCUCAGGGCCCGCCAAGUCCGCCCUCGCCAACCCCCACCAUCAACAUGAUCAUUGGGGACGGUAACGACUCAGCAAUCAACCAUGUCAAAUUCACCACCACACACAAAUUAAAGCAAACUAUCGCCCACGAACGGUAUGACGACUUCGAAGAUAGUAUCACCUUCGAUAAGUCAAAUACCAACGGUUUGUCUUUUCCCCAUUAUGAUGCUUUGGUUAUUACUUUACGCAUAGCUGAUACUGAUGUCAAGAGAAUCAUGAUCGACGACGGUAGUGGCGCGUUUGAAAGAACCUCUAGAGAAAUAACACUGCCCGUCCUGGCAGAAGGAGUUAUCAUGGAAACCACGUUCCAUGUGAUGAACCAAGAAACAACGUACAACGCUAUCAUCGGGAGGCCGUUGAUACAUGCCAUGAGAGCAGUCCCCUCUAGUUUCUACCAAGUGAUCAAAUUCCCUACGCCGCGGGAGUGUUCAGCAUCAGGGGAAAACCACGCACCGCCAAGAAUGUUACAAAAUAGCCCAAGAUCAUACGUACACCAGGAAACUCGAAGGAGAAAGUGUGAAAGCAUAGCAAUCAGCCCUGUCGAGGACCAAGGUCCACCCGACAGAGGACGCAAUCAAAGAGCCUGA